CAGCCCUGACGUCUUCUCCUUCGUCAGAGUUGAGGUUCCCGAGGCGACAGCUGAGACUUUAUGCCCGGAAUCACUUCCAUUAAUCCCAUCAUCCAUUCCUCUCCUCUAUUAUAAUCGAGCUCUGAACGAGGAGGAGAGUUACAGCAGAGACAUGGCGAGCCGCACGAGCGAUUUGCACGGCCGAGUCGACCCGGCUCACCAGCUGGACCACGCCGCCCUGUUUCGCUACGCCGCUGCCAACGUCCCCGGCUUCCCCCACUCCCCGUCCACCUUCUCCAUCUCCCAGUUCGGGCACGGGCAGUCGAACCCGACGUUCUUGAUCGCAGUCGGCUCGGGGAAUUCCCUGAAGCGUUACGUUCUGAGGAAGAAGCCGCCGGGGAAAUUGCUUCAGUCUGCUCACGCUGUGGAGAGAGAGUAUCAGGUACUCAAGGCAUUGGGUGAUCAUACACUGGUUCCUGUUCCCAAGGUUUUCUGCUUGUGUACUGAUCCAAGUGUGAUUGGAACGGCAUUUUACAUCAUGGAGUAUCUUGAAGGAAGGAUAUUCAUUGACCCAUCACUGCCAGGCAUAGCACCACAGCAGAGAAGGGCAAUAUAUAUUGCAACUGCCCGAGCUUUAGCAGCUUUGCACGCUACAGAUGUGGAUGCCAUCGGUCUCGAAAAAUACGGACGAAAAGAUAACUACUGUAAACGACAGAUAGAGAGGUGGGCUAAACAAUAUAUCGCAUCAACUGGAGAAGGGAAACCUGCCAGAAAUCCAAAGAUGUUUGAGUUGAUUGACUGGCUACGACAAAAUAUUCCUUCACAAGAUUCUUCUGGUGCAGCAGCUGGCAUAGUUCAUGGGGACUUCCGCAUAGAUAAUGUUGUUUUCCAUCCAUCCGAGGACCGAGUAAUUGGUAUACUUGACUGGGAAUUGUCUACGCUUGGAAAUCAGAUGUGUGAUGUUGCAUACAGCUGUUUGCCUUAUAUAAUGGAUAUUUCAUUUGAUAAACCAUCCUUGGGUCAAGGUUUCGAGCUUUCUGGAAUCCCAGAAGGAAUUCCUUCUCUGGCGGAGUUUCUGGCAGAAUACUGCUCGACAUCUGGAAAACCAUGGCCUGCUUCUCAGUGGAAGUUCUAUGUAGCCUUCUCCUUGUUUCGGGCUGCAUCAAUAUAUGCGGGCAUUUAUAGUAGGUGGCUUAUGGGCAAUGCUUCAGGAGGUGAGCGUGCAAGGCAUGCUGGUGAAAAGACAAAUGCCCUUAUAGAUAGGGCAAGGGCAUUUAUCGAUCGUGAAUCUGUGCUUCCUGAGCACCCUCCUGCACUAACAGUGCCGAGGUUCAAAUCUGCGAAUGAUACUGGAGAUGGAAGUCCUUCAUUGGAGAAUGGAAAAUUUGGUCCUAGUGGGAAAGUGCUGGAAUUGAUAAACAAGUUGACCAAAUUCAUGGAAGACCAUAUAUAUCCAAUGGAAAAUGAGUUUUACGAACUUGCUCAAUCUAACUCUCGAUGGACCAUUCAUCCUGAGGAAGAGAGAUUGAAGGAACUAGCAAAGAAAGAGGGCUUGUGGAACCUGUGGAUACCUUUUGACAGUGCGGUAAGGGCAAGGGAAUUAAUAUUUGAUGGGAAAGUCCAUGCUGCCUCUAGUGAUCCAUCUGAUCUCUUGUUGGGAGCAGGCCUCUCAAACCUCGAGUAUGGAUUUCUUUGUGAGAUCAUGGGUCGAUCUGUGUGGGCCCCCCAGAUCUUCAACUGUGGAGCACCCGAUACUGGGAAUAUGGAGGUAUUGUUGCGGUAUGGAAAUAAAGAGCAACUGCAUGAAUGGCUUGUUCCUUUGCUUGAUGGGAAGAUCCGCUCAGGGUUUGCAAUGACAGAACCACAAGUUGCUUCUUCUGAUGCAACCAAUAUAGAAUGUUCUAUCAAAAGGGAAGGUGACUCAUAUGUUAUCAACGGAAGGAAGUGGUGGACUAGCGGGGCCAUGGAUCCAAGGUGCAAGCUCCUUAUAGUUAUGGGUAAAACCGAAUUCACUGCUGCAAAGCACAAGCAGCAGUCAAUGAUUCUAGUGGAUAUUAACACUCCAGGAAUCCACGUGAAGAGACCACUCUUGGUAUUCGGAUUUGAUGAUGCACCUCAUGGGCAUGCAGAGAUUUCAUUUGAGAAUGUUCGUGUACCUGCACAAAAUAUUCUUCUUGGAGAGGGUCGGGGAUUUGAGAUAGCUCAGGGCAGGUUGGGCCCAGGGAGGUUGCACCAUUGCAUGAGAUUGAUCGGUGCAGCUGAGAGAGGGAUGCAGUUGAUGGCUCAAAGGGCUCUUCAGAGGAAAGUAUUUGGAAAGCUAAUUGCACAGCAAGGUUCAUUCCUCUCUGAUAUGGCCAAGUGUCGAAUAGAGCUGGAAAGAACUAGGUUACUGAUCCUGGAAGCAGCGGAUCAGCUCGAUCGUCUUGGGAACAAGAAGGCUCGAGGAACAAUUGCAAUGGCCAAGGUAGCCGCGCCCAACAUGGCGCUUCAGGUCCUUGACAUGGCGAUGCAAGUCCAUGGGGCUGCAGGCCUGUCUUCAGACACAGUGCUCUCGCACCUGUGGGCCACGGCCAGGACCCUCAGGAUUGCUGACGGCCCCGAUGAAGUCCACCUCGGCACCAUCGCCAAGCUCGAGCUUCAGAAGGCUGCCAAGCUAUGAGAACUUUGUAUUCAAGUCAUUAUAUGCGACUUCUAGUUCUCCAUUCCGGCGAUUUCUCCAAGCAGGGAGGGAGAGAGAUGGGAAACUCUGCACAAAGCUUGUGCAGGAACUGUUGGCUCGGUUGGUGGCAGAAUAAAAAUUGAGUGGGAAAGCUUCUCGUAGGAAGAAUAAGAGGCAAUAAUUCAUCUUGUAAGCGGGGGAGGCAUCUAUUUUGAAGUUUACAAAAAAAAGUUUGCAAAUUUAUUAUGUAUAUUUCCGGCAAUGUGAUAUUUAAAAUUGUAUUAUGGCAUCGAUUGAACUUUUAUUGACAGUUUGAUCAACUAUGAAAUUUAAUAUUAGUGUUUGAGAUCGAAAGUA